AUGAGAGGAGCUUAUUAUACGUUUUACCAGAGAGCCUCCAAUGCGUUUCGUGAUUAUCCUUCUCUUUCUAAACUUGUCGUCAUCUGUACUAUCAGUGGUGGUGGACUAGUGGCCUAUUCAGAUGUGAGGCCGUUUGGUAGUGUAUACGCGGAUGCAGCUCAACCUACCAUCAAGAAAAAGAAAGUGGUAGUUCUAGGAACAGGUUGGGCAGGCACAAGCUUCCUGAAAAACUUGAAAGAUCCCUCGUUUGAUGUUCAGGUUGUGUCGCCUUGUAACUAUUUUGCAUUUACCCCUUUGUUACCAAGCGUUACAUGUGGCACUGUUGAAGCUCGGAGUGUUGUUGAGCCGAUUCGCAACAUUGUGAAGAAGAAAAACUUCAAUGUUCAAUUCAAAGAAGCAGAAUGUUUCAAGAUUGAUACGACUAAACAAAAAGUCCACUGCAGAUCCAUCCAAAAUAUUAAUAUAGGAGGGAAAGAAGAGUUCACUGUGGAUUAUGAUUACCUGGUAAUUGCCAUGGGAGCACGUGCAAAUACUUUCAACACCCCAGGUGUCGUUGAAAAUGCUCAUUUCUUGAAGGAAGUAGAAGAUGCUCAGAGAAUCCGCAGGAGUAUUAUUGACUGUUUUGAAAGGGCAAGUCUUCCAAGUGUAAGUGAUGAGGAGAGGAAAAAGAUUUUGCAUUUCGUGGUGGUCGGAGGUGGACCAACAGGGGUGGAAUUUGCAGCCGAGCUUCAUGAUUUUCUCCAUGAAGAUCUAAUAUAUUUGUACCCUGAUUUGGAACAACAUAUCUCAAUAACAUUGCUAGAGGCAGGUGAUCACAUAUUGAACAUGUUUGACAAAAGAAUUACUGCUUUUGCUGAAGAAAAGUUCCAAAGAGAUGGCAUUAAGGUGCAAACUGGGUCAAUGGUUGUCAAAGUAUCUGACAAGUCGAUAACUCUUAAAGAAAGAUCAAGUGGUGAAACUAAAGUUUUACCAUAUGGAAUGGUGGUGUGGUCAACUGGAAUUGGAACCCGCCCAGUCAUUAUGGAUUUCAUGAAGCAAAUUGGCCAGGGAAACAGGCGAGUUAUGGCAACCGAUGAAUGGCUUAGGGUGGAGGGAGUACCAAAUGUGUACGCUCUUGGUGAUUGCGCCACAAUAAAUCAACGUAAAGUAAUGGAAGAUAUUGCAGACAUAUUUGGUAAGGCAGACAAGAACAAGACUGGAAAGCUGAGCGUGGAAGAUUUUAACGAAGUAAUUAAUGAURUUAUCGAGAGGUAUCCACAAGUGGAGCUUCACUUGAAGAGUAAAAAGUUGAAGAAUUUUGUCCAGUUGCUUCAAAGUGAUAGAGGGGAUGCUGCAAAACAGGCAACUCGUUUGGAUAUUGAGAAGUUCAAAUCAGCACUUUCUGAAGUCGAUCAUAAAAUGAAGAGUCUUCCUCCAACAGCACAGGUAGCGGCUCAACAAGGUGAAUACCUAGCCCAGUGUUUCAACCGCAUGAAGGAGUGCGAUGAGAAUCCUGAAGGUCCAAUAAGAUUCAGAGAUAGUGGUCGCCACCGAUUCAAACCGUUUAGGUACAAGCAUUUGGGCCAGUUUGCUCCACUAGGUGGUGAACAAACUGCAGCUCAACUUCCUGGGGAUUGGGUUUCCAUCGGUCACAGUACGCAAUGGCUUUGGUACUCUGUGUAUGCAAGCAAACUAGUGAGUUGGCGCACGAGGUUCUUGGUGAUAGGCGACUGGGGAAGGAGAUUUAUUUUUGGAAGGGACUCCAGCAGAAUCUAG